CGUCGACGUAGGCCCGGCUUGCGGCCCAAAGAGCAUCGGCACCUAGCCUCCCCGCUGCCAGCCAGAGAGCACUGGGGUAGAGUUUCGAUAGCCGUCAGGCCGUCAGGCUCGAAAAAAGCGCCGUCGGACGCGUGGGAGACGCUCAGAGCCCUAUACAGAGGCAAGGCGCAGCUUUUGCAGCCUGAGCGCGCGGUACGCCCUACCCAGCCGCCACGCCGCGUAAACGACGCAUAGGCGGCUGCAGCAGCGCGUGAGCACCGGUCGCGGGGGCGAAAAGAACUCUUUUCACCGCUACGGAGGAGCGCGCCGAAACGCAAGCCGCCUUCAAAAGCCCUUUGCCAGCCUCCCACGGCAGGCCAAGCGUCGGAACGGCGGCCCGCGACAACUAACAGCAAAAAAAAACACGUGAACCAUGUGCCAGCCCCCAACCGCCGCCCAGGUCUCGGCCCCACCCCCGACGACGACGACGGGCGAGAAAACGGGUCGAUGGACCGACGAGGAGCACACGCGCUUCCUCCACGGUCUGGAGCUCUUCGGCAAGAAGUGGACGAAGGUCGCGGACGUCGUUGGUUCUAGAACUACGGUCCAAGUCCGAUCCCACGCCCAAAAAUACUUCCAGAAGCUCGAAAAAGAUAGGGCGCAGCCGUCUGGCUCUGGAGGAAGAGGCCGCGCCGGUGCGGGGUUUGGAGGAAGACAGUUCGGCGACUACGACGGGCUAGAUGAAGGCGCCGCACCCAUAGCCGUGCCGCUGGCGCUACGGAAGUUCCUGCCCGCGGGGACGGGCCAGAACGGCCACGCGGGCCCCGCCGACGUUGCCGCCGGCUUGUUCAAAUUCCUGAGCCCGUUAGCUUUACCUUCCAAACCGGAUAAGGUGAAUGAGAUGGCGCGGACGAUUUUUGACGACCCGGCCGCGGACCUGCACCACCAGCAGCUCGAGGCGCGGUCGCGGCCGGCGCCGCCGCCGACGGUGCCCGAGUGGUAUCGCCGGGGCGGGCGCUUGGACGAGUUGCUGCGGGACGCGGCCCAGAUCGAGUGGAAGGAUGAUUCGGGAGGCGAGCCUCUGAAAGAUCCGCCGCCGCCCGUCUACCGGGCACCACCCCCACCGAAACCCUUCCCGCGGCGGCCGUCGGCGCAGUGGGCGCUCCCGCCGGGCAAGCGACGGCGGGACGAGGAGGCCCUGGCGCACAUCGCGACGGGGACUGAACGAGGCGCGGCGGCAUUGCCGCGCUUUUCUUCGUUAGACGCGCUCUACAGCGCGUCAAUCUUGGUCGACCGGCGGCCGCGGAGCGACUCGCACGGGUCGACCGGGCUGGGCUUCGAGGACGGGCUCUUCUACGACGACGACGCCGCGCCCUUCGCCUUCACCGACGACCAGGCGCCGACGAUCUGACAACUGACUCCCCUCUCCCAACUGUGUGACUGCUCGACUCGAACCCCGCGAUGGCUCCGCAAGAACCGGCGCCGCCCCCCUCAGGCCUAAAGAGGACCCUUUUCCGAA